AUGCGCAUUGACCUCACGGAUGCUGACGGAGACAAGCUCUUUGCGGAGUACGGAAAUUUUAGCCUGACGAACAGUUCCGAUUCCUACCGACUUUUACUCGGUGGAUAUCGCGGAUCGGUAGGAAAACUGAUGUACUUCUUUAAACAUCCUAACGAGGUUGGGUCACGUCAUGCUGGUCAGCAGUUUACAACCAAAGAUGUGGACCGCGACAAGUGGGGUGGAAACUGUGCGAGUUACACUGGUGGGGGAUUUUGGUUAGACGAAUGCUGUAUCGCCUGUCUCAAUGGCAAAUAUAGACAGAUCAACGGGAAUUUAUGUAUGGGCUCUGUGAUUGGUGACAUUGUGCUGCACUGUGUUCAACGGACAGAGAUGAAGUUCCGGCCGGCAUCAGCCAUGUCUCUGACCCCCGGGAACUACACGGAACCCCCGCCCCAUUCCUCAAAGCAGUAA